GUGAGCUGAGACGUUAUAGCAACGAACUACAAACGGUAUCUGAAUUUCAACAAACGGGAACCGAAUUGUUUUCAAAUAGCUAGCUAUGUUAUCAAUUGUUUGGUUUGCUAAUAUCUGUUUCAUUUUGAUAAAAUUUGUCGUCCGUUAAGACCUCCAUUUAAAAACUCAAAACGAUAAUUGAUGGUCAUCGCUCUCCGUUCCUGUUGGAUUUAAUCUGCUAAGCUACUGAAGUCCUGAUCAGGAUUCGCGGUCUGUCAAUGAGGAACUACAGGCUCAUCUUUUGCCAUAGCCUGAAGCAGCCAUAGAUGACCAUUUGAUUCACUGCUAGUGAGUGGUGCUGAAGAUAAGGUGAACUACUGGGUGUUUUAAGUGCUAAACGACCUUCGGAAACAGCUCGGCUGUGGAAGCGAUGAGGAAGAGCCUCUCACCUUCCCCCAGCGACUCCCUGACACCAGCCAGGGUUUUUGGGGUUCCCCUAGAUGUGGUGCAGCAGAGCGGCCAGCCAGGCCAGGAGGUCCCCCUACUGGUCAGGCACAUCGUAGAGUACAUCGAGGAGCAUGGGCGUCUGGAUUUGGAGGGGCUGUUCCUAGUCAAUGGUAACGCGGAGCGGGUGGAGUGGCUUCGGCAGCGCUAUGACUCUGGGGAGGAGGUGGACCUGGAGAAGGAGGCUGACCUGGCCUCUGCCGUCAGCCUGCUGCGUCUCUUCCUGCAGGAGCUCCCAGAGCCCAUCAUCCCUGCAGGCAUGCAGUCCCACAUCCUGCAGCUCUACCAAGACUACAGCAGCGAGGAAGAGCUCGCCCGCAACAUGAAGUACUUCCUCCAGCAGCUGCCUCAGGUUAACUACAGCCUGCUGCGCUUCCUGUGCCGCUUCCUGUCCAGCGUAGCCUCGCUCCAGGAGGAAAGCUGGAGCGUCGGCGCCCUCGCCGCGGUAUUCGGACCAGACAUCUUCCAUUUAGACACGGACGUGGAGGAUCUGAAGGAGCAGGAGUCAGUUAGCCGCAUUCUGGCGGAGCUGCUGGAGAAUCAGGAGGAGUUCUUUGACUCGGAGGAUGAUGACGUUUCCACCACCGACUACAGCUCCAUCAAUGAACAGAUCACUGAGCUCCUGGACGAUGAGAAAUUAGAGGCAUGUGAGGAGCUGCCCCAGGACGGCGAGGAAGGCCCCCCUUCCGCCUCCGAAUCCCCCCAACACAGUAAAACGCAGGUCACUCCCUCUUCAAGUUCACACAUCUCCCCCAUCAGCGUUCUUCCAGGAUCUGCAGACAUUAUAGAGCGGACCAUCCGCGCCGCGGUGGAACAGCACUUCUUUGACCUCAAGAGCUCCAUCGACCAGGAGAUCAGCAGCUAUGAGAGCCAAGGCGCGGGCCCCAGUGAAAAGCAGGUGACGGGGCCAGGGCCGUUUGAUGGCCAUGGAGAGGAGGGCCCGUGUACGAGUAAGGAGGGCCCCGCAAGCAGUCCCCUGUCAGCCCCAGAGACAGAGAGCAACUCUGAACACAGCCCACAGCCCCAACAGGAGGUCGAGGAUUGUGACUCCCAAGGCGCCAUCCUGGAGGAGAGUUCUGGAAUGGACCUGGAUGCCGCAGAGGCUCUUGUAGAUGCAGAGAACAACAUCAACACUGCCAGGCAAGAAAGCCAAUCCUGUGACAAGAUGGACCAGGCCGAUCUCAUCACCUGUGACUCUGAGUGUGACCAGAACCCCAACACAGAGGCCAAGGGGCACCCCUACCACCCUGCCAGCUCACACCAUCUCCAACUCAGCCGCAUCUUCCCCCACAACCAGUGGGAAGACCCAGUGCCAGCCUACAAGUCAUGGCAGGACGAGAGUGACUCUGGCGAGGCCCAGCUGUCCCCCCUGGCGGGGCGUAUGGUGCCCUUGCCCCACGAGGAGGACGCUCACCCCCUCAUGGCCCGCCGGUUCUUGGACUUUGGCCACAGCCAACGGUUCCUGCAGCACUCUGACCCCGACGCAACCUCGCCCACCAAAACCCACCACUCCCUGGGGAGGCCUCGCCGUGCCUCCUUCAGUUCCAAAGAGAGCGGUUUGAGGAACGACUCUGUCUCCCACCAGCUCACCAAAAAACUACAGAGCCUCAAGAAGAAGAUCAAACAAUUUGAGGAACAGUUUGAGAACGAGAGGAACUACAAGCCGUCUCAUGGAGAUAGAGCAGCUAACCCAAAGGUCCUCAAGUGGAUGACAGACCUCACCAAAAUCCGCAAACAGUUAAAAGGAAGACCACAUCUCUUUCCCAAAGGGUCCCUGAGGCACCAGGCGGUGCUUCAGUCAUACAGACGUCACCACCCCUCCUCCUCCGCCCCGAACACAUCCCAUUUUACACUUGCACGCCCCCUCACUGCCUGUAGACAGGCACCCUACCUAUAUGCCAAACACAAAGAGGCUGAGCUGACUCCUCAGACGCGGCCACGCAGCAACACCUUGCCCAAGAGCUUUGGUUCCACCCUGGCAGUCCACGAGGUUGUUGAAGAAGCCAAGGGCCACCGGCCCACCAAAGAGGAGACCCUGGACCUCAUUCAGCGCCGCGUCAAGGGCAAGAGAGAGGAGGACGGCUGGCCAGAGGACAUCAAGAAAAUGACCAAGGAGGAGCUGUCGUGUGAGAAGACGGUCCUACAGAAGAACCUCCUGCACUACGAGGGACUCCACGGCCGACCUGUGACCAGAGAGGAGAGGCUGGUGGUCAAACCGCUGUACGACCGCUACCGUCUGGUCAAGCAGAUGCUCACCCGCGUCAGCAUCACCCCCAUCAUCGCUUCCCCCUCCAGCAAAAGACGCAACCAGACCCUGCAGCCCAUCAUCGAGGGCGAGACGGCCCACUUCUGCGAUGAAAUUGAGGAGGAGGAUGAGGGCGAGGAGGCGGCUAUAGCCGAGGAGGUCCAGAGUUCAGGGUCGGAGGUGAUCAUGGCUCUAGACCCAGUGUGCCAACCCCAGACCAGCUCCCAGAGAGACAGAGACAGCCUGCUCAGGCCCAAGAUGGAGGAGACCUCUGGGAAACUGGCCCUGGACCUGCGACUGUCCAGCUCCAACGCCUCGUCCAUGCCCGAGCUCCUGGAGCAGCUGUGGAAGACCCGGGCAGAGAAGAAGAAGUUGAGGAAGACUAUCCGCGAGUUUGAAGACGAGUUCUACCAGCAGAACGGCAGGAAUGUCCAGAAGGAGGACAGGCUCCCCAUGAUGGAUGAAUACAAAGAGUAUAAACGGAUCAAGGCCAAACUGCGUCUGCUGGAGGUGCUCAUCAGCAAGCAGGACUCCUCCAAGUCCAUCUAGAGAGGGAGCGGCCACCCUGCUUCCCUCCCUUCAUCCCACCGGACACACCCCGGGCAUACAUGUCACCCCAACAUGGCCCAUACCCCUCCCUUCAUCCCACCGGACACACCCCGGGCAUACAUGUCACCCCAACAUGGCCCAUACCCCUCCCUUCAUCCCCCCGGACACACCCCGGGCAUACAUGUCACCCCAACAUGGCCCAUACCCCUCCCUUCAUCCCCCGGACACACCCCGGGCAUACAUGUCACCCCAACAUGGCCCAUACCCCUCCCUUCAUCCCCCGGACACACCCCGGGCAUACAUGUCACCCCAACAUGGCCCAUACCCCUCCCUUCAUCCCCCCGGACACACCCCGGGCAUACAUGUCACCCCAACAUGGCCCAUACCCCUCCCCAUCCCUUAUCAACCAUCCCCCUACCUGCACCGCUGAGGGAAGGCAUGUCAGCCACCAUGUCCCGCUGCUGUCUCACCACCACAACCCAUCUGUUUCUACCACCGCCAGCUCAUAUACAGUCAAGGGGUCCUCACUGGGGACUCUGAGGGAGAAGAGUCACAUCUUCAUUCCACCAGUCAAGACUCAACACACCCCUUUUUUUUAAAACUUAUUUCUGUCAGUUUCAUUUGGAGGAGUUCCCCCUUUCCUCAUUAGUGUUGUUUUUCUUGUAGCUCCCCCCCCCCCUCCCUGAACUUUUCACGUACGGUAGUUUCUCAUACUGAGAAAUCAUAUUGGAGAGGACAGGAGCUCUGUUUUGUAGCGCAUUUUAGUCACCUGGCCACCUGUUUAGACGUAACAAACUGAACCCUCCCUCCCUUGGAGCGAGGAGACUGGUCAUCCUUUUUCAGACAUUCAGACUCGAUCUUCAUCCUUCAACACUGGGACGCUUUUGUGUUUCGUCUGAGUGAGUUUUUGGGCGAGCGAGCGAGAGAGAAAGUCAUCAUUACUGUGUAUGUGUUCUUGUAAAUCAAUAUGUACACACAAAUGUUUCUAUAUUACAGUAUGUUGUUUUUCUUGAAUGGAGAGUAAUUCCUUCUUGGGUUUGAAAAGAAUCUUACUGAGUUAGUGUGUUGUUCCAUUCCCUUUGCCACUAUGGAAACUGGAGUGAGUUUUAUCAGUUGGGACUGGUUGUGCAGUUCCUUUCUCUUAGUUUUUUCAAAUAUUUGGAUCAUCAGUCGUCACUGAAAGGAGUUUUGGCACAGCAGGUGGGCAGGACAGCCAGUUAGGUGUAUCACUUAGUGUUCCUGUACCUUAACCGUCUCCAUUGUCUGGCAAUAAAGCUAAACUGCUUGACUUAUUUUCAAUCUAUAUUUUGUUUUAUACGCGUUAAAGUUCAGUUGCGGAGUGUAUCUUUGUGCAAGGUGUCCAGAAUGGGGGGUGGUGGAUGGGUUGUGAGAUUAAAGCUAAAGGUAGUUUCAACCUCAUCAGUAUUAUGCUGAAUACAGCAAUGUUAGGGCGUGAUGGACGGGUCCUAGCCCUGUUCCAUGGACUUUAACCUAGCGUUCCAUCCUACAGUCAGUGGACCACCUCCUAGUAUGGCAGACAGACACUCCCAGGUGCCCAGUUAUAAAACCAGGUGUGUUGACCAACACCCUACUGCCACACAGCCAGUAGUUAACCCCCAGUGGUGUGUGUGUGUGUACUGAUGGACAGUGGUGGGGCGGACCAUCCGGCUUCUUGAGGACAGCUAUAGAUAAGUUAUCGCCAUUUGGCUGCCAGUCAGUCUGGAGGUCCGGUCAGCCCUGUGCCCAGGUUAAGAUGACAAACAGUCCUCAUGUCAUAAUCUCUUUUUAGUCACUGGGGAAUGUGAACACCAGCUAAAAGAGUUGUCAUGCAUCCCAUGUCCAGUGUGAGGUCAACUCGGCGUCUUCGUCUAAGGUUCCACUUCUGUACGCAGGACGGUGUCUCAAAGGGAAGUUCCCAAAUCGAGCCGAGAACAGGAUCAGCUGACCUCCUGGCUUGUAACAACUUGUCACAACGUCUAGCUACUGUAUGUUGUUGCACCAAAAGUUCACCGUGUCCUUGGUUAGCGAUCACUGACCCACUGCAAAAGAGCUACAUUCCUUCAAUCUAGAGUCACACAAUGUCAGGCUAUUGAUGUACAUGUUUUCUCUGGUGCUAAGGGUCUCUCUCUCUCGCUGGGUGUUGGUUGGUUGGUAAAUGUCUAUUUUUCAUUAUGGGAUAUGUCCCAUAGUGAGCCAGAGUGUUUGACCAGGCAAUGUAGAGCCAGGUCAUUGUCAGGUCCUGGGGAGUUGUCUGACCACAGGGCUCUGAGAAGGCUUUACCACGGCCAAGCAGAACCAACAGCACCUUGACCCCUGACAAUUUACGUCAAGGGUCAACUUAUUGAUGUCUCUUGAGCCCGAAAGCUCUUCUGGGCUUCAAUAUAAAGGUCACAUACAACAACAACAGAGUCCAAGUUUAGCAUAUUUGGAAUGAGGUGCAUCUGGUCUGUCGGCAUAAUGCCGCCUCAGAGUGCUGUCGCCUGCCACUCCUUAAUGGUCAUUGAUCCUAGCCUUUGACCCCUAGCUAAACGAGCAGGCAGCCCAGUGGCAGCAUCACAUCACUAUCCUUCAGAAUCUCUCUGGACUUGACAAAACCAAGCAAGAGCUUUUCGAACUUUCGUCUGUUCAGUUGACUAGUUCUAGUCCUGGCAAUUAAAUACAAAAAAAACAUUUGAUGUUGUAGACUAAAUGUCUCUGCACAUUAGGGUGGGGAGGGGAAUUAGUGCUGUUUGCUUGUUUCGGAAUGGGAGGCACCAUCAGUGGCACCAACUGUAAGGAUCUGCAUCUGCUUCAGGAGGUGGAAUAAUGGAGUAUAUUGUCAGUCAGACCAACACACCAAGAAUAUAGGAAUCUAAUUUUGCCUGAAGGAUGUUUGCGCUGAACCAAGAGUUGUGCCCUGGUCGCUCACUGGGUCAAAACCAAGUCAUGUUACCUUUGGUUGAGUUGGCAGGGUGUGGUGUAUGUAUGGGUGGACGGUGGGGAGGUUCUAGAAGUUAUUUGCACAGCAUUCUGAGAAUGCAGCCCUUGUUUGUCCAUUUGUUCCUUGUUUUAGAAGCACUACUUAUAUCUGAAGGAUGAAUGUCAGAAUUUAAAUUAUUUCUAACACAUUUGGCCCCUUGUUUCAAUUUCUGUGAUGUUCAAACUUGAGAAUGUGUUUUUUUUAUUACCAUUAUUUUGUAUUUAAAAAAAAAUGUGCCCCUCACUAAUACAUCUAUACAGUGUAGUACCUCUGUAUUGGCUAAUAAUCUGCUAUGUUUUUGUUUUGUAUAAGCCAGUCUCAGUAGUUCGCUUGCAUGGCAAAGAUUUGUAUUGUUUCUAUUUUUGUGCCAUGGAGAUGAAGCAAUAAAUGAGCAUCAAUGGAAUGUGGGGCCUUGUUAACCCACUAUGUGCAUUUUCUGAGUAUAUGGCUGAUUAAUGUUUAAUCUAUAUUAAUGGGACUAACUUGGUCUGCUGUUUUUUUUUUUUUUUUACCUUGCAGACCAACCCAUGAAACUGUCACUUGACUAACUGCUGUGAGAGUUCCAACGCAACUCAGUUUUCUGUCUGCUAAACCAGCAUUUUUACCACUUGUUGUCAGCAUAAUGUUUUCUGGGGCACUGCUUUAACCAAAUGAGAAGAGAUUAUCAAUGUGGUGACAAUGAUCGAGGUAUAUUUGGACCAAACAUUCCAAUUUGUAUUAUUUUAAAAGAAAAUAAAUGUGAAAUUGGUCGAUCGAUUUUGUUAUUUCCAUGUCAAAUUGAAGGGCUUUUUUUAACUCAUUUUGUGUUGUGCCUGCAACAAGUGGUAAAAAUCAUGUGAAGCCCACAGGCUAUAAGGAUGUACACUGACCCUGUUCAUAGCCCCACGCAUGUUUGUUUUUCUGGCCCAUGGAGCCGGUGGCAGGUUGCAUCAACUGACCAGCCGAUCAGCCACUGGCUCCCAGAGCCUCCCUAUCUAUAUGUGGAGCUGUGUUUUACACCUAUAUAUAUGUAUCUAUAAAUGUUUUUGUGAAUGCUUGUUUUCCUUCAUUUACACAUUAUAAUAAAGUACAAUCAGUAAUAAUGUAUAUUAAAAUGAAAUUGAAAAAAAUAUAAAAAAAUAUUGUAAUUUA